CUAGCCUAUAUGAAGGCCCAAAAUUGUGUGUUCCUUUCUGCUCUGACAAUGGCAUGCCCAUUCGUGCGAGAUGUGGUGGAUGAAGAAGCACUUGUGCUGAGGAGAGCCUUCAGGCGAGAAAGGGUCUUCAGGGACCGGUUGGACCCACUGGCCUUCCCUGAUGACCAUCUAUAUGAAAGAUACAGGUUUUCUGCAGAUGGCAUCAGGUAUCUAUGCAGACUACUGGGUCCCAGGAUUAAGCACCGCACUGCACGGAGCCAUGCACUGAGUGUGGAGCAAAUGGUUUGUGUGGCCUUGCGCUUUUUGCUAGUGGAGCCUUCCUGUACUCAGUGGGGGAUGCUGAACAAGGCCACAAUUUGCCGCACAAUAAGGAGUGUGUGUCUGGCUAUCAAAGCAUUAGCAGAUGUCUUCAUCUCCUUCCCUGGCCACAGAAGACUCUGUGACAUCAAAGAGGAGUUCUAUAGGAUUGCAGAUGGUCUGCAAUGCUGACUGUGUGAUCAGCAAUGUUGUGGCAAAAUGGCCUGGCUCAGUCCAUGACUCCAGAAUCUUUCGGGCCUCUGAAAUCUAUCAGUGCCUAUCACAAGGUGAAUUCUCUGGUGUGUUGCUGGGAGACAGGGGGUAUGGCUGCCAGCCUUUUCUCCUGACACCUUUCACAGACCCCCAGGAAGCACAGCAGGCCUAUGCCCAUGCCAGGACCAGGGCCAGAGUUGAAAUGACCUUUGGCCUCCUGAAGGCACGCUUUCACUGCCUUCACAAAUUAAGGGUCAGCCCUGUUAGGGCAUGUGAUAUUACUGUGGCUUGUGCUGUCCUCCACAAUGUGGCCUGCCUGAGGAAGGAGAGGGCCCCCAGAGUGCCACCAGCCAUGGACUGGGACAAUCCGGUAAUCUUCCCUGAUGACGACAGUGGUCGGCUGCUGAGGGACCAAUAUGUGUUGAAUUAUUUUAGUUAGUAUGUGUGCUUUCAAUUUUGGUUAAAUAUGUCCUGCGGUGGCAGAGGAAUUUGGGUUUUUUGAUGAAUUUGGCCUCUUAUGAUGUUUGUGCGGUAUACUGUGUGUAAUACAAGGCUGCAGGGAGGCUACUGCAUCCAUUCAUUUGUCUGUUCAGUUGAUGUGUAUGGAUUUGUCCUGCAUUUAUUUUAGUGUGCAGACAUGCAGGGUGUGUUAUAUACAGACCUUUGAAUGUGUAUGUAUCAUUUUGUAUAAUAUGCUUGGAUUCUGUGCUUUCCAUCUUGUAGAGUCACUGUGACUUCAGUUUCGAAAGGAGCUGAUGGUUUACCUGCUUUGUUUUGUCCUUAUUCAAUAAAGGAACAUAAUGUUA